GAGGCGGGUUUCUUUUGUCACAUGACAGUGGUGGGAGAGGGUAGCUGAGCAGGCGCCUAUCACAGCGGUAGGAGUGGGGGUUGCCGCAAGUGCUUCAGGGGUUGCAGUGGGCGACGCGCCACUAUGCCGACUACACAGCAGUCUCCUCAAGAUGAGCAAGAGAAGCUCCUGGAUGAAGCCAUUCAGGCUGUUAAGGUCCAAUCCUUCCAGAUGAAGCGGUGCUUGGACAAAAACAAGCUAAUGGAUGCCCUCAAACAUGCCUCUAACAUGCUUGGUGAACUACGGACUUCGAUGCUUUCCCCAAAGAGCUAUUAUGAACUCUAUAUGGCUAUUUCUGAUGAGCUGCACUACCUGGAGGUGUACCUGACGGAUGAAUUUGCCAAGGGAAGGAAAGUGGCAGACCUUUAUGAACUGGUGCAGUAUGCCGGAAACAUCAUUCCGCGGCUCUAUUUACUGAUAACAGUUGGGGUUGUCUACGUGAAGUCCUUCCCUCAGUCCAGGAAGGAUAUCUUAAAAGACUUGGUGGAAAUGUGUCGUGGUGUUCAGCAUCCUCUGAGAGGCUUGUUUCUUCGCAACUACCUCCUUCAGUGCACGCGGAACAUCUUGCCUGAUGACGGAGAGCAGACAGAUGAAGAAAUGACCGGGGACAUCAGCGAUUCCAUGGACUUUGUGCUGCUGAACUUUGCCGAGAUGAACAAGCUUUGGGUGCGAAUGCAGCACCAGGGACACAGUCGUGACCGAGAGAAGAGGGAGCGGGAGAGGCAGGAGCUGAGGAUCCUGGUGGGAACUAACUUGGUUCGGCUUAGUCAGCUGGAAGGCGUCAACGUAGAGAGAUACAAGCAGAUUGUCUUGCCUGGCAUAUUGGAGCAAGUUGUAAACUGCAGGGAUGCACUAGCUCAGGAAUAUCUCAUGGAAUGUAUCAUACAGGUUUUCCCGGAUGAAUUUCACCUCCAAACCUUGAAUCCUUUUCUGCGUUCCUGUGCGGAGUUACACCAAAAUGUGAAUGUGAAAAAUAUCAUCAUUGCAUUAAUUGACAGGCUUGCGCUCUUUGCUCACCGAGAGGAUGGGCCAGGGAUCCCUGCUGAUAUUAAGCUCUUUGAUAUUUUCUCCCAGCAGGUGGCUACUGUCAUACAGUCUAGGCAAGAUAUGCCUUCAGAGGAUGUGGUGUCACUACAAGUCUCUCUCAUUAACUUGGCUAUGAAGUGCUACCCGGAUCGUGUUGACUAUGUCGACAAAGUGUUGGAGACAACGGUGGAGAUCUUUAACAAGCUUAACCUGGAGCAUAUCGCUACAAGCAGCGCUGUAUCAAAGGAGCUAACAAGGCUCUUGAAGAUUCCGGUUGAUACGUACAACAACGCCCUUACUGUCUUGAAACUGAAACAUUUCCAUCCCCUAUUUGAGUACUUCGACUAUGAGUCCAGGAAGAGCAUGAGUUGUUACGUGCUAAGCAAUGUGCUGGAUUACAACACAGAAAUAGUCUCCCAAGACCAGGUGGAUGCCAUCAUGAAUCUCGUAUCAACGCUCAUCCAGGACCAGCCUGAUCAGCCGGCUGAGGACCCAGACCCUGAGGAUUUUGCCGAUGAACAGGGCCUUGUGGGCAGGUUUAUCCACCUUCUUCGUUCAGAUGAUCCCGAUCAGCAAUACCUGAUUUUAAACACUGCCCGGAAACACUUUGGCGCAGGUGGAAACCAGCGUAUUCGUUUCACAUUGCCACCCUUGGUUUUUGCAGCAUACCAGCUUGCUUUUCACUAUAAGGAGAACUCUAAAGUGGAUGACAAAUGGGAAAAGAAAUGCCAGAAGAUCUUCUCAUUUGCGCACCAGACGAUCAGCGCUCUGAUCAAAGCUGAGUUGGCAGAGCUCCCUCUCCGGCUGUUCCUCCAAGGUGCUCUGGCGGCAGGAGAGAUUGGAUUUGAGAACCAUGAAACGGUAGCCUACGAAUUCAUGUCCCAGGCGUUCUCUCUGUAUGAAGACGAAAUUAGCGAUUCAAAAGCACAGCUGGCCGCAAUCACCUUGAUAAUUGGGACAUUUGAGAGGAUGAAAUGCUUCGGCGAGGAGAACCAUGAGCCCUUGAGAACUCAGUGUGCUCUGGCGGCUUCCAAACUGCUGAAGAAGCCUGAUCAGUGCCGAGCCGUGAGCACCUGUGCCCAUCUCUUCUGGUCUGGCCGGAACAUGGACAAGAACGGCGAGGAGCUUCAUGGAGGAAAGAGAGUCAUGGAGUGCUUGAAAAAGGCAUUAAAAAUAGCAAAUCAGUGCAUGGACCCAUCUCUCCAAGUCCAGCUCUUCAUAGAAAUUCUGAACAGAUACAUCUACUUUUAUGAAAAAGAGAACGAUGCAGUGACAAUUCAGGUUUUGAAUCAGCUUAUACAAAAAAUCCGGGAAGACCUUCCUAAUCUCGAAUCAACGGAGGAGACAGAACAGAUCAACAAACACUUUCACAACACGCUGGAGCACUUGCGCUUGAGGAGGGAAUCGCCGGAAUCUGAGGGGCCGAUCUAUGAAGGGCUGGUCAUUUAAAAAAAGAAGACCCCCCCCAUGCUAUUGGAUCAUCUUUCCAUUUUACAACACAGUACCUGUUUUUUUAAAAAAAUAAUAAUUAUUAUGCUAGAGUUCAUAGAUUUGUGCCUUUCGGAAGUGCCAAGUUAGGCUACCUGUUCUUGUUCGUUCUCUCUCUCUCUCCCUCCCUCCCUCCCUCCCUCCCUCUCCCCCCCCAUUUUUUUUGUAUGUGUGUUCAGUGCUUUGCUUUGAAACACCUGCAUUGACUAUUUCUACCAAUUUUUUCCCAACUCUUUCGACCAGCAGCUCAAUAGAGACCAUCAGUAAAUUAGCAUGACUGAAGUCAUUUAAAAAAAAUAUAAAUUCAUGUGACAAUGUCUCCUUCUGUCUCUCUCCUGCAUUCUAAUCUCUCCUCACCCCCCAGCAUCCAAGCUGUUUAAUGUCUAACCUGGCUUUCCAUCUGCAAGUGUUAAUAGAUGUGUGUGCUGGUUUAUUUUUACAGAGAACUUUUCUUUAUAUGUUGGAUUCUGCUUCUGCCUUCCUUUGUUUUUCAAAUUGCUUCUCAAGGAUAUGUCAGAUUUUUUUCUUCUCUCUUCCCCCCUCCUUCCCCCUUUAAAACUAGAAUAUAUUAAUGCAUGUUUUUGGAGUUGUAAAGCACCAUGCUCGAGAAAAUAAAAAUAAAAUUCGGAAGCUAUAUUUUGCAUAUGAAGGCUCCGUGACCCACAGUGAAGGGCCAGUAAUGUGCACAGGGCAUAUUUAUCAAGGUAACUUUAUUUCCGCAUAGUAUUAAGAGAAAUCAAAAGAGUAAUAGAUGAAUUGUGGUCUCUAGAGUAUAUGUAUAACCUUCAUUACUGUAAAAAAAUUAGAGGGAAACGCAUUACACAGUUCUACUCCGUAUCAUGAAUUUGCACCAGUGAACCAAUAAAGUUGCUAUUAACGAG